CUCCCUCCCUCCCCCCCAGUCCUGGUGCUGCUGUUCGUGGUGUGGAUGAAGCGGAGGGAUAAGGAGCGACAGGCCAAGCAGCUGCUCAUCGACCCCGAGGACGACGUGCGUGACAACAUCCUCAAGUACGACGAGGAGGGAGGCGGAGAGGAGGACCAGGAUUACGACCUGAGCCAGCUCCAGCAGCCGGACACCGUGGAGCCGGACGCCAUCAAGCCCGUGGGGAUCCGGCGGCUGGACGAGAGGCCCAUCCACCCCGAGCCCCAGUACCCCGUCCGGUCGGCCGCGCCCCACCCGGGCGACAUCGGCGAGUUCAUCAACGAGGGACUCAAGGCGGCGGACAACGACCCCACGGCCCCGCCCUACGACUCGCUGCUGGUGUUCGACUACGAGGGCAGCGGCUCCACCGCCGGCUCCCUCAGCUCGCUCAACUCGUCCAGCAGCGGCGGCGACCAGGACUACGAUUACCUCAACGACUGGGGCCCGCGCUUCAAGAAGCUGGCAGACAUGUACGGCGGCAGCGACGACUAAAUUAAAAAAAAAGAAAAAUUUAAAAAAAGGAAAGAAGAAAAAAGAGAAAAAGAGAGAGAGAGGAAAAGAAGUGGCUUCGUUUUUUUGCGGGGGGGAACGACGAGAAAGAACACAACAACAACGACAAAAAAAAAGAAGAUAUAAAAAAUGAUGCUCCCGGAGAGAGAGAUCCGAUGACGGCGAUGGGAAUAUUUUUUAAAAAAAGGAAAUUUGAAAAAGAGGCUGAAAGCGGUCUGCUCGCGCACCCGCGUGUCAGAGGCCUCCGACGCGGCCUCUCCUGUCCGGUUUGUGGUCGAAGGGGCACAUCGGGAGAAGUGACUCUUGUCUGGACGGUCGAUAUUUAGGGCGCUCAGUUACACUUGAAUUUCACAGUACAGAAGCACUGGGAGUUUAUGUGCCUUUUUGUACAACUUUGGAUCUGAAUGAUUAGUUUUAUGUUCAAGGCUUUAAUGGUACUGACGUUUGGAGUGAUCUCAAAACUUAAAGAGAGUAUGUUAAAACUACAGUAUGCUUCUACAUGCUUUUUUUUGGUUACACCAUACUGCUGUUUGUUGAAAACAAUUAUUUAAAUUACAAAAAAAAAAUUAAAAAAAUGAAGGAAUAUUUGUUAGCUUGGACGGGAUGAAACAUCUGAAAACAGCAAUGUACAGUUCGCUAGACUUUUAGAUAGUUUUUGUUUUUCACUAAAAAAUUGAAACUUAUGCAGCUGGUUGCAAAGGGAGUCAUACUUCAUAAUUUUGUAGAGGAAUAAGUUUUGUUUUUCUGAAGUGGUAUAGUAUUUUACACAAACAUGUAUUUUGUUCUAAUCCAUGUCCACUUUUUUUGCUUAAGUCACCCUCUGAAACUUUGAUUUUCACUUCACUGUAAAGAAAUUGCGUGUACAUAAUGUUUUUUUUUUUUCUUUCUUCAUCGUUUUCAACGUAGUCUACAAUGUGCAAAAAGUUCAGAACUUGUAAAUGUAUAAUUUGGACUACAGGUUAAAGGUUUUUUGCAUGUUUUUAUCUUUUCACUAUAAAAAAAGGUAUUUCCAAAAUUUAUUUACAAAAAAGACAUUGCAAAACCGGGUGACAUAUAAAGAGUAGAAGGUAAGAGUCUUUUGUAUAAAAAAAAUAAAAUGUGAAAAAAAAAUCUAAUCAGCACAACUGUUUCAAUUUGUACCAAAAAAGGGGGGUGUUAUGACACCAAUGUUGCUAAUAACAGCUUUAAGACUGGAAAGUUUUGUUUUUUGUCAGAAGGUUUGUGGAUAAUAUUAUGUACCAGAAUACAAGUGACACAUCUCUGAUCCCAACCCUCCAAAUAAAAUGCUAAUUUUGGA